CGCCAAUUUCUUAUUUUCAUAAAACUGAAACUGAAAACUGCAAUUGAUAAACAUGCCCUAGGAAACGAUCAAACGAAGGAUUAGCUUGUAAAAGACCCCUGAAAAAUGUCCUGCCACCGAGGCACCGACUGUCGGGCUCAAUCUUGAACAUAUUUCCCGCCCUAAAUUUGUAGAGGGACGUGUUUAUUUUGCAGUUUGAAAAUUUCCGGUUUUACAAAUUGCCGCUGAAAAUCUUCGAACAAUACGAUUAUCAUAUCGUCAUUCGUCAAAUGCUGCGCACUUUUUCACAAUUGAAACCUCUCUUACUUUGUUUCAGGAAACAGGCAAGACGACCAUCAAUUCGGUAUAGUAGUGUUAAAUUUCAGGCGAAUUGUUCAAUUUUUGCUACCAAAAUGGAGAAUGAUUCCUCCAAGAAAACUGAGAUUUCUGCCCUAAACCCCAAUUCACAACCAAGAGGGGCUCUGGUGGUGUUAGAAGGGUUGGAUCGAAGUGGAAAGAGCUCUCAAUGUAGCGAGCUUCUCUCUCACUUGCAAAGUAUUGGGUGUCCUGUUGAGUUAUGGCGGUUUCCGGACCGAAAUACCGCUGUUGGGCAGAUGAUUUCUGCUUAUCUUUCCAAUGAAUCCAAUUUGGAUGACCAUACUAUUCAUCUCUUGUUCAGUGCUAAUCGAUGGGAGAAAAGAUCAUUGAUGGAGGAUAAGUUGAAAGCUGGGACCACUCUCAUUAUUGAUCGGUAUUCCUACUCUGGGGUGGCUUUCUCAUCAGCCAAAGGCCUUGAUUUUGAUUGGUGUAAGGCACCAGAGAUGGGAUUGUUGGCUCCGGACAUGGUCUUGUACCUUGAUAUAUCACCAGAGAAAGCUGCAGAAAGAGGAGGCUAUGGUGAUGAAAGAUACGAGCGUGUUGAUUUCCAGGGAAAGGUCAGAGAAAAAUAUCAGGCUCUUCAUGAUGCCUCAUGGAAGAUUGUUGAUGCCUGUUUGCCAAUGGAAGAAGUCCAGAAGAAGCUCAGAGAAUAUGUGGUUGAGUGUGUCGCGACAUGCCAGAACGGAAGGGCUCUCUCUCACCUCUGGUCACAUUAGGUAGCAUACAGUUGCUCGUAUACCAUAGUCAAUAGCUAUCUCCUACCUGUAGAUGUUCUCGUCCUAGCAUAUGCUGAAUUCUGAAUUGAGGUGUUUCUACCUUAUUUCCGGCUUUAGAAAAUACAAAUAGAUGAAGUUGUAGCUGUAUUGAACUUUGGCAAGGGUACAUUUGCUUUUGUAUUUCUAUGCUUAGUAAUUUAGUAGUGCUUAAGUGGGUGUAUUGCAUAUAAAAAGCUCUUUCUGAACAAAAUCCGUUGUAAAAUACAUCAGUUGUAUGCAAGAUCUAUUUAAAUUUCUUA